CCCUGCUCGGAAGGGUUUCGGUAGUCGGAAGGUUCUGGAAUGGUCUUGCCUUGUGUUUGAGAUGAGGACAGCUGGAAGGGGAGGAGAGGGAGAGAAGCCAAAGGGAACCAGAAGAAGCCAAAAGCGGAGGAGAGGGAGAGUAGUACAGCCAGAAAAUGAGGGAGUUGAAGCAAAAAGGUGAAGGAGCUGGGUUAGGAACUGUGCGAUCCCUGGGGAGGAUGAGGCUGGGCUGACUGACUGCCGUGGAAGGCUAACGUCAAACUGAUUAUUCUUCAGGUUAAAAAAAAAAACAAAAACAAAAAAAAAAAAAUCAGACGAGAAUAAAGAGUUCACCGAAAUGUGAGAAUGGCCAAUUCUUUAAGAGGUGAAGUGUUGAAUCUAUACAAAAACCUGCUGUACCUUGGAAGGGAGUAUCCCAAAGGAGCAGACUACUUUAGAAGCCGUCUGAAAGCAGCUUUUCUAAAAAAUAAAGAUGUGAAAGAUCCUGAAAAAAUUAAGCAACUAAUUGCACGAGGAGAAUUUGUUAUAAAAGAGUUGGAGGCUUUGUACUUUCUCAGGAAAUACAGAGCUAUGAAACAGCGCUACUACAGUGACGACCCUCAGUAGCUGGUGCUCAUGACUGUGUGUGUAAUGAUACAAAUCUAUACGAAUAAACAAUAAAAAGAGCUGUAACCUCAGAAGAAAUGAAACUUAAAUCCUUCCAACCCAUCUAAAGUAUAGAUCAAGACUUUUCUUCCCCUUCAGUGGUUGCUUGAAGGGAUUUGGGGGUUGUAUUGUAUGGGUAAUAGGCUUUUCUCAACGACUUUUGACCUCUUUGAACUAAAACUGCAUGUAUGGAAACCAUUUUGCAGGAAGUAGCGGUAAUAGGAUCCCGUUCAUUUCAGUUCCACACGCGUGCUGAACAGAUCACUGCUCUUGUAUUUACCAGGUAGCCCCGUGUUUGAAUGCCGAUUCAAGGCACUAGACUUCUCCUGGUACCUAGAGAUUAAUCUGGUUUUGAGAGUCUUCCACAGUUAAUGAUUCAUUUCAGCUGUAAAUGAGCAACUUCUCAAAAGUCCUUAAAAAUCCACUUUAACUACAUCUGCUUAACAUGCAAGAGUUACUGUGUUAGGACAACGACUGUGGGGGUCAGUAAGGGGGUGAAUGGGAACAAGAGUAGUUUAAGCACUCAAAUUUUGAAGACAAAAAAGUGCUGCUACUGGUUUCCAGUGUUGCGUAACUGCAGUAGCAGGAAUAUAGAGUUUGAUCCUUUCCCCUGGAAGAGAACUUUGGCUGUGGGCGUUUGCUCCGUGGCUAACUCCAUAGGCCUUGGCUCGACUUGCACAAACCAGUGCCGGAACUGGUAACGCUGCACAUACCAGGGCUGGCUGGUGUUUCUGCCCCCCUCCUCCCCCAGGAGCUAAAUGACACUGCCGAUAGAACAGAAAUAAUCUUUGAAAUAUAGGUAAGUUUAUGGAAGGGAUUUGAUAGCAGAAAACAAGUGUGCGCCCAGGAAUGAACACGGAGUAGCUAUUCAGAGUAUUUUAAACUUGCAGACUAACUCAAGUAGUCUGCUGUGGGACUAAUGACAACGAGGUCUCUGGGGCACGAGUGAAGCUGGUACCGCCCAAGCGGUGGCAGCGAGCACCGGUAAAUGAGGAGCACGUCCUCGCCUGAAGCGGGGCUCUGCUCGUGGCAGAGCACAGAACACAAAGCGACACGGGCCAGAGGAGAUGGACCGGCAUCGCUAGUUCAAGAACCAACAGUCAAAGAAUACUGGCACUUUAAGAGGAAUGAAGUUUCCACUGUCAUUUAAA